CUCCAAAGUUAAAUACCCUUUUUGUUCCUCCACUAUUGAAAAAAACCCUAUUUUAAUUUUGAAAAUAUCUUUUUUUUAGUCUCUAAAAAUUAAAAUCUGGUCUUUAGGGUGAACCUUGGACGAACUCACCCAGGCGCGCGCUGGAUUCUCCCCUUGGCCUCUAAGAUCAAGGGUGAACCGUUGCAGCUCAGUGUGAAAAUAAGAAUGGGAAUAGGCCUUUUACUUUCAUGGAUGGCAAUGAUAGCUUCAGCCAUUGUUGAGAGCCUUGGACAAAGGAAAGCUGUCCGAACGGAGAAUAUGUCUGCAAUGUGGCUUUUGCCACAAUAUUGUUUGCAUGGAUUAGCCCAAGGAUUCACUGCAGCAGGACAAACGGAGUUCUUCUAUACUGAACUCCCAAAAACCGUGACAAGCGUUGCUGUUACCCUAUUGGUGCAGGGAAUGAUUGUAGGUAAUUGGCUGUCUGGGCUUGUAGUACAAGUCGUGUGUGCGCUAGCCAGGAGAGGGGGGAAAGCCAUGAUGUCAAAUGACAUGACAGAAGCUCCUUCGGACUAUUUCUACUGGGUUUUAGCUGCAAUCACUUUCUAAAAUCUAUUUUAUUUCCUCGUUUGCGACAGGAAAUAUGGUCCUUGUGUUUCAAAAUCCGAGCAAAAUGAAGCUGAACCGGCUGAAACGUAGAGAUCGGAGCAUAUCGUGUAACUGAAAUCCACUAUUUUAUUUUUCGGAUCCAUUUUGGGUUCAGAUUUCUAUCGUUUGGUGAUCUCUACACUUGGUACUAUGUUUCUUUUGACUUGGUGCAUGAUUCUGAUGGUUUCGCUGCCGGUGAUUCUGCUAGUUCUGUUUGUUUUGGUUGCUGUUGGUUCGGUCUGUUUUGGUUUUUGAUGGUUCACUUUUCUACUAGUUUGGUUUCCGUUGCUCAUAAGUCAUAAUGAUGUAGUCAAUAAGUGCACGAACAUAUU